AUGGCGGCGCUCUCCGUGCCCCUCCGCGCCGCGGCCGUCGCCGCCGGACCCCGCGCCGCCGCGGCCGACCCCGUCAAGGUCUCGUGCGUGAGGAGCACUGGCUCGGCUCACUUUGGCUGCGCCUUCCCCUCCAUCACGGCCUCCUCUUCGGCUGCGAGGAACAUCGAGCCGCUGAGGGCGAUAGCUACACAGGCGCCCCCUGCCAUGCCACAAUAUUCGAGUGGGGAGAAGACAAAGAUUGGCAUCAAUGGGUUUGGGCGUAUUGGCAGGUUGGUCCUGCGAAUUGCAACCAGCAGAGACGAUAUUGAAGUUGUGGCUGUGAAUGACCCUUUCGUUGAUGCUAAGUACAUGGCCUAUAUGUUCAAGUAUGACUCCACUCAUGGCCCGUUUAAAGGUUCUAUUCGUGUUGUGGAUGAUUCAACCCUGGAGAUCAAUGGGAAGAAGGUCACAAUUACAAGCAAAAGAGAUCCUGCAGAGAUUCCAUGGGGUAACUUUGGGGCUGAAUAUGUUGUUGAAUCUUCUGGUGUCUUUACAACGACUGAUAAAGCAUCAGCACACUUAAAGGGUGGUGCUAAGAAAGUGGUGAUAUCUGCACCAUCAGCAGAUGCUCCCAUGUUUGUAGUUGGAGUUAAUGAGAAUAGCUAUGAUCCAAAGAUGAAUGUUGUUUCUAAUGCUAGUUGCACAACCAACUGCCUUGCUCCGCUUGCCAAGGUUGUCCAUGAGGAAUUUGGCAUCGUGGAGGGCCUUAUGACAACUGUUCAUGCCACAACAGCCACCCAGAAGACUGUUGAUGGUCCUUCGAUGAAGGAUUGGAGAGGAGGACGUGGUGCUGGCCAAAACAUAAUUCCUAGCUCCACUGGUGCCGCAAAGGCUGUUGGAAAAGUCCUACCUGAGCUGAAUGGAAAGCUCACUGGCAUGGCCUUCCGAGUUCCAACACCAAAUGUCUCUGUUGUGGACUUGACAUGCCGGAUUGAGAAAAGCGCCUCCUAUGAUGAUGUGAAAGCAGCCAUCAAGGCAGCGUCAGAGGGUGCCCUCAAAGGUAUUCUUGGCUACACAGACGAGGACGUUGUUUCCAAUGAUUUUGUUGGUGAUUCUAGGUCAAGCAUCUUUGAUGCCAAAGCUGGUAUUGGACUGAGCUCUUCUUUCAUGAAGCUCGUGUCUUGGUACGACAACGAGUGGGGCUACAGCAACCGGGUUCUGGACCUGAUCACCCACAUGGCUCUUGUCAGCGCCAAGCACUGA